AUGAAAUUCUUAUCUGUGGUAUCGACAUGCCUAAGCAUCUUGGGCAGUGUCCAAGCCGCCAAGUCACCCUUCUUCAUCUUAACAGGUGAUUCCACAGUUGCUACCGGAGGCGGCUGGGGUGAUGCACUCAUCAACGGGACCAGGAAGCCUGGCGCUGGGAUCAAUCUUGCGAAGAAUGGCGCUACUACAGUUUCCUUUCGAGAUCAAGGUCUUUGGGAUCAAGCAGUAGAUCAGGUCAAAGCUCAGAAGAGCAAGCACGAGGCUAUUGUGACCAUCCAGUUUGGCCACAAUGAUCAAAAGACUCUUACUCUGGAGCAAUACUCUGAUAACCUUUCUACUAUGGUUGGCGAGGUCAAGAGUGCUGGCGGAACUGCGAUUAUCAUCACGUCACUCACCCGUCGUACAUUCAAGGAUGGCAGUGUGGUGGAGAACCUUGCGAAAGAGCGAGAUGCAGCGAUUGCUGUAGCAAACAAGACUGGGGUCCAGUAUCUUGAUCUCAACGCAGCGAGUACCAAAUACGUCAACGCCAUCGGCCAAGAGAACGCAGACAAAUACAACGAGAUAGAAGGAGACCGCACGCAUCUCAAUUUCUCUGGAAAGACUAUUUUCGGAAGGAUGGUGGCUGACAUGUUGGUUCAGAAGAGGCGUGAUGUGGCUCGAUAUAUCAAGAGCAACAAGAAGCUGACCAAGCUCAUUGAGGAUGGAAUUUAUGCGACUGGGCAGGAGUAG